AUGGGACAGAAAGAAAGUUCAAUACAUGAUGACAGUAUCAAAAGUGAAUCCAAAUCUGAUCUUAAAACGGAUUCUAAUAAUACAAUUGAAAUUCAGAGAGAAUGGUAUGAUGAACAAUUAUUGAAACGUUGUAAAACUAUUUAUUUUGAUGUUGAAGCUUGGUAUAAUAUCAUACAAAGUGAAACAUUUUAUACUGAAUUUAUUCCAAUUUCUCCAUCGAUUGCUCAAGCGUUUAUUAACUUUUUUAAAACACGUUAUACAUCAGAAAAAUUAUUAAAUUCUAAUGACACACAACUUAUUGCAUCAAUACAAAAUCAACUAAAAGAACAAAUAUUCAAUACAAAAACAAAUAAAUUUCAAAGUAAUGGUGCUUUUAUUCGUUUAAGUGCACGAAGUCCAAAAGAUGGAAGGCGCAUAGAUUCUCAAAAAAUCAAUCAACUCUAUGAACAAAAAUUGAACGAAUUACAACUCAAAUAUCCAAAUGAAUAUAAAUCAAUUAAAGGCAAAGCAAAUAUGCAAAUUAUUGCUAGUUGGUAUGCUCAAUUUUAUUCAUUGAAAGUUACCAGCGAAACUGAAGCACUAAAUUUGAUUUUAUCAAGUGUUAGAGUUUAUCAUGAUUUAAUACAGGUGCUCGAUUGCCAAAAAGUGAUGGAUAAUAAAAUUGCUAAUAUUAAUAAUAUCGAAUUACAUAACUGGAAUAAUAAUAUAAUCGUUCGUGAGUGGAAUAAUUCAUUAGAUCCUUCGAUGGAAUUUCGUUGCUUUGUUUAUCAAUCAAAUCUAACUGCUAUAUCACAAUAUAAUUAUUAUUGCAAAUAUUAUCAUCUCCAAAAUGAUGCAAUUAUUCAGAAAAUAAAAAUAACAAUUAUUAAAUACUGGCAAGAAAAUAUUCAACAACUUUUAGAUCCAUGGUCUGAGAAAUAUUCUGAUUAUGUGAUUGAUAUUGGAUUAAUUGAAAACAAAUCAACUAAUAAAUACGAUUGUAUCGUUAUUGAAAUGAAUCCAUUUGAGACAACUACCCAUCCAUGUUUAUUUGAUUGGACAAAAGAUAAUAAUCAGUUAAGAGGACAAGGAAAUGAAAUAGAAAUACGUGUGCAAUUGGAUUAUUAUCCAUAUAUUGAAGAUUAUGUUGAAUUUAUUCUUGAUAUUAAUCAGUGUGACGGAAAGAAUAAUUCCUCAUCUGAUCAUCCUGCCAAAGAACCGUAUUUUAUCUUUUUAGAUAAAAUGAAAACACAACUUUCUUUAUGA